AUGCGCGAUGAUCGCACGCACCCCCUCCUAGCGCAAAUCCCCCUAACCGUCUCCCCCUUCGUCUCCCUCCCCACGGCCGCCACACUCCCCUACACAUACAAGUCCAUGCCAUCGACGCUGCCCCCGCCCUCCAGCGGCGUAACCGGCGCCAGCGACGCCAAAGUCAAAUACGUAGUCGCGCAGUCCGGCCACGCCGCGCACCCAGACGACAUCGUCGCGUCGUGCAGGGCGCUGCAGGCGCACCUCGCGCGCAUGCAGGAGGACUCGGAGCGCGUGCUGCGCGACCUGCAGGACCGCAUCCGCGACCGCGAGCUCGCCGAGAAGCGCCGCGUCGCCCCGGGCUGGCUCGACAGCGACGCGCGCCUGCUGCAGCCCCAGCGCACGGGUAGUUACCCUGCUGCUGAGGCGGAGGUGGUGGUCGCGGGCCGGUUUGCGGAGAUGAGUGUUGCGGAUGGGGGUCCGGGGGGGACGGCGGGGAUUAGCGAGAUGGCGGUUGAUCAGGGCGAGGAGCUGGAUCGCGCGUUUGGUGGCUUGAGGUGA